GUUCCAGGGGACGGGUAGUUGGAGGAAGGAGUCGCCGGGCGGCAGUGCAUCGCAAACGCUCUUUUUCGGGACAGAACCGCCACCGCACGCCGCACCACCGACGGAAGUGGCACCGACCCCCGGUGACGACUCCCGUGACACACUUCAACGCAGCGACUGCGCCACUCACGAGCCACCAGCACGCAAGCCAGGCUACCCGAUGCUAUCCAGCUAGCAUACCAGCGAAAACGGACGGGACCGAGGUGUUGAUAGCUAGCCUCCCAGCUAAUUAUCCGUCAGCUAGCAUCCUCCUGCCGUAGCAUCAUUAGCUCGCUCUUCCCGUCCGCGCACGUCGAGCCUGCGCCGCUUCCCGUGGCGGUGCCGCACAGCUCGCCCCGCGCCGACCCCCGCGUCCCGACGACCCCCGACGCCGGAGCUUCCCACCCGGCUGCCGCUGCUGGAAGAGAGAGCGGUCCGCUUCUGCGCUGCCGCUGACACCAUCACACCCAUCUCCCCCCAACCCCUUCACCUCUGCCCCGCUCCCUCCACCCGGAACACUGGAAAUCCACAAGCGGCCGGAGGGCGGCGAAGGGCCGGCCAAGCUGGGGGUGGUGCCGCUGCCCGACUCGCCGGGAGUCGUGACGCCUGUGGACAAGCUCAGCUGUGGGGAGCUACCGACCAGUAUGGACGGACUGGCUGUGGAAGUUCGCGGCUCGAAUGGGGCCUUCUACAAGGGUUUCAUCAAAGAUGUCCACGAAGACUCACUCACAAUUGUAUUUGAAAAUAACUGGCAGCCAGAGAGACAGUUGCCCUUCAGUGACGUGCGGUUGCCUCCUCCGACCGACUACAACAAGGACAUUGGGGAAGGGGAGGAAGUGGAGGUUUACUCCCGGGCCAACGAGCAGGAGCCAUGUGGCUGGUGGCUGGCGCGAGUCAGAAUGAUGAAGGGGGAGUUCUACGUGAUCGAAUACGCAGCAUGUGAGGCCACAUACAACGAGAUUGUCACAGCGGAGCGCAUCAGACCACUCAACCCAAACAGCCCUUCCUCUCGGACCUCCUUUCAUAAAGUCCCCGUCCCUGUCCCAGAAGACCUGAGGGACAUCUGUGCAAAUGACAACAUUCACAAAGAGUUCAGGAAAGCUAUCGGAGCCAACUGCAUCUUCUACAGUGCCCAAACACAUGAACUCAUUGUGCUGUCCACAAACGAAACCACAGUAAAGCGUGCAACUCUCCUGAGUGACAUGCAUUUUCGCAGCAUCCGCACCAAGCUCAUGCUAAUGUCCCGCAACGAAGAGGCCACCAAACACUUGGAGACGAGUAAGCAGUUAGCGUCCGCAUACCAGGAGGAGGUGCGGGUCAGGGAGGACCUGAUGGGCCUCGCCAUUGGCUCCCACGGUGCCAACAUACAGCAGGCGAGGAAGGUGCCUGGUGUCACAGCUAUCGAGCUGGAGGAGGAAAGCUGCACAUUCAGGAUCUACGGAGAGACCCCAGAGGCAGUGAGGCAGGCUAGAGAAUUUCUUGAGUUCAAAGAAGACUACUUUCAGGUACCCAGGAACCUUGUAGGCAAAGUCAUCGGCAAGAACGGAAAAGUCAUCCAGGAGAUCGUGGACAAGUCGGGCGUCGUGCGCGUCAGGAUCGAGGGGGACAACGACAAAAAGCUUCCCCGGGACGAGGCAAGCAGGCAGGCGGCUGUCAGGGAGGAAACUGCCAGCAGCAAAGAGGGCAUGGUCCCCUUUGUGUUUGUUGGAACGAAAGAGAACAUCAGCAAUGCUCAGGCCCUGUUGGAAUACCACGUGUCUUAUCUCCAGGAGGUAGAGCAGCUGCGCAUGGAACGUCUCCAGAUCGACGAGCAGCUCCGUCAAAUCGGGGUGGGGUACCGCGCUCCUGCCAGUCGAAGCGGCGGCCCAGGCGGAGAACGGGAGAAAGGCUACCUGACGGACGAGAGCAGCAACUCACUCCACACGUCUCGCACCUAUGGCGGCCGCGGCAGAGGACGCAGGGCCUCCAACAGCCAGUACUCUGGAUACGGCACCAACUCUGAGCUGUCCAACGCCUCUGAGUCUGAGGAAGUCAACGACCGAGACCAGCGGCCUCGUGGCAUUGGCGGAGAUGAGAGAGGCGCCCGACGGGGGGGCAGGGGCAGAGGCACCAACUCAGGACGAGGCCGCGGGGGGCCAGGGUCCAAGCCCUCCAACUCCAUCAGCUCAGUGCUGAGGGACCCAGACAGUAACCCAUACUCCCUGCUGGAAGGUGAAGGAGAGCUAGCUGAGGCAGACCUCAUUGAAGGAGACCGCCGCAGACGCUCCCGCCGCCGCCGCAACGACCAGGAGCCCAGCGUAAUGGAUGCUGCUGCAGAGUCUGACAGCCAGGCCGCCCCCAGCGAGAACGGACUGGAUGAUGAGGCGCGACCACAGCGCCGCAACAGGAGCCGUCGCCGCCGUAACCGUGGCAGCCGUACAGAGGGAGGUUCAGCCAGCCGUGACAGACAGCCUGGUGAGAGUGUGACUGUUGCCGACUACAUAUCUCGUCCUGAGUCCCAGAGCAGACAGAACCUGCCCCAGAAGGAAAACCACACUGGCCCAGAGCCCAAGGAAAACGGCACCAGUGCCAAGAAGGAUGAGACACCACCCGCCAAGCGUUCCCCCAGCAAUGGCAUGACCUCGGCCAGCGAGACACUGACCCUGGUCAACGGGGUCUCGUAAAGAGACGGGCCCCACCCCUGGGCGAACCCAAGUCUAGAGCAAGACUCCAUGGCAAACUCUGUCCCUGCUUGCAUUAACUUAAACCUUUAAACAGAUGAGUGAAAAGUACCUGACAAAAUACCUGAAUUCAUACAUGAGAGUGAAAAAGUACAAAAAAACGACAAACGCAUCUACUUAAAAACACACGUUAACGGUGUAUGCUAUCCUAUCUAUCAGUACGUAGUGCUUAUUUAAAAAAAACAACAACUAGCUUGCCAAAAAAGGGCUGGUGGAUAUGACUUGAUUUUUAAAAAUACCGAAACACGAGAAACAGGACGAGACUUUUUUCCUUUUUUUUUUGUUCUUGUUUUUGGACAGUUGUCUUUAUUUGUGUCUUUUUUUUUUGUUCUGUUAAUUUUGUUCAUUGUUUAUCACUGGUUUGGACUAGGCGGUCGCUCUCUCAACCAAAACAGACACGUCUCUAAACAGUGUUAAAGUACAGACAAGAGAGAUGUAAGCUGUAGGGAGUGGCGUACGAGAAGACAGUCCAAUAGCUUAUGUGACGCGAUGUUCGCACACUGAACCUGGGAGUCGAGACAGACGGAUUGGAAUAUUGAUAGACAUUGUGCCUUGAAUUUGAAAAAAAAACAAUAAAAUAAAAAAAAAAAACACUUGCGUUUUUCCAUUUUAGUUUGUUUUUGUUUCCCAAGUGGAAGGAAAAAAAAUAGAGGUGUAUUUCCAGGUUUUCUUUUCUUUUUGGUACCAAUGAGAGAACAAACCUGUGAGGGAGAAAAAAAUAAAAUAAAAAAGAGGAUGAGAGAGAGAGGAAGUGGCCGGCCAUCGUGAGGGAGAGAGAAGUCUGGUGCCAAACACGAAAUUCAAGGCGCUUGUCCUGCGUGGAAGGGACAGCGCUGGGGAGGGAGGAUGCGUGCGUGCAAAGUGGAGAUUUGGCAACAACGAACCCAAACUGGGAAGGGGGCGAGGCCACUAACGGAAACGUAUCCCUGGUCAAGUCGCAUUGGUGAGGCGUGUCUAUGUAUCAGCGGGCCUGAGAGAGAGCGAGGGGGAGUCAGGUGAUGUCACUUCCUCCUCUCACCUGUUUGAGUCUUUUCGAGGGUGGCACCCGCGUGUAGCCUAGUUAACAGGACGGGCUGAGACCAGACGGACGGCAGACUCGAACUCUAGAUUUAGACUCCAAGAGAACAAUACCGUGCCACUUUUCUCUGGGAGGAGGA